AUGGUUUCGUCUGCACGAUCCCAGUAUGUGAGCACAGAAAUACGACAAGAUGGUGUGGCUAUCAUCUCCUACAACCGUCCAGAGGUUGCAAAUGCUAUCAAUGUAGUUGUCAUGAAGGAACUCUUGGACGCUUACACGCGUGUUUUAGCCGAUGACAAAGUCAGGGUACUGGUUCAGACCGGGAAAGGGGACUUCUUUUCCACCGGGAUGGAUUUAUCGGCUCAGCGACGAGCCAAUGCAGAUUUAGAUCCACUGGCAUUGCUUCAUACUCUGAACAAGAUGCUCAUCGAUUGCGACAAGGUUACCAUCGCCGCUGUCAAUGGACCCGGCGCAGGUUAUGGCACCAGCUGUCUUGCAUUGUUUGACCUAGUAUAUGCAGUUCCCGACGCAUACUUCUUCACACCUUUCGUCAAAUGGGGGCUUGCUGCUGAGGCCUGCUCCAGCUUCACUUUCAUUCACGCCCUUGGGCGACAGAAGGCAGCACACCUUAUUCUCGCAGGAGAAAGAAUGACUGCUCAAGAGCUUGAAUCAGCUGGCUUGAUCAGCAAGAUUUUUCCAGCUGAAAAUUUCCUCGAAACAGUCCUCGGCAUCGCACGCAGGGUAGCCGAGCUUCCGCCAAUUUCCUUAAAGGAGAACAAGAGCUUGAUGACGUGUUACUUCAAGGAUGAAUUGCACCGAGCCAAUGAUUUAGAGAGAGAAUUGUUUGGGAAGCUGGCGACCGGGACCGAAACUAAGGAGGCUGUGCAGAAGUUUGCUCAGGAGCAAAGAGCAAAGAAGUUCAGGUCAGCCAAAAGAGAACACCUUUAA